AUGGAAAUCAGAUUUCAUGGGUUGGAGUAGAAAAAUGUUCAUAAAAAAUGAGUUCAUUAUUUUUUCAAGCUUUCAGAUGUUAUAUCCGUCUUUAGAACUAUAUUUUUACUCCUCUGACUUUAAUUUUUCCAGUGUUGAUAACGAGAUAACGAAGAGACUGGCCUAUGAGCCCGUUUAUCACGCUAGGCCUCAGAGAAAAGUUUUGGUCCUCGGCUCCGGAGGUCUGACGAUCGGACAAGCCGGAGAGUUUGAUUAUUCUGGGGCUCAGGUUUGAGAAAAUUCCCUGAAGUCUCUAAAAAAUUAAAAAUUAGGCUUUGAAAGCUCUACGAGAAGAAGGAAUCCGAACGGUUCUGAUCAACCCCAACAUUGCCACCGUUCAGACUUCCAAGGGAUUCGCCGAUUUUACCUAUUUCCUCCCCAUUACCAAGGAAUAUGUCACUGAUGUAACGACACACAAACAAUAGAACUUGGAAUUUUUCUCACCUAGGUUAUCAAAAAAGAACGACCGACUGGAAUUCUGUGCACUUUCGGCGGCCAAACGGCCCUCAACUGUGCAAUUGAUCUGUAUAAAGAUGGCAUUUUCGAGCAGUAUGAUGUGCAGGUUAUCCAUUCUCAAGUGGAAUCAUGAAAAAGGGGCAAAUACAGGUCCUCGGCACGCCAAUCACGACGAUCAUGAAGACGGAGGAUCGCGAGAUUUUCAACGAGGAAAUUAACGCGAUUGGCGAGAAAGUCGCGCCGAGCAAAGCCGCCACGACCCUGGCUGGAGCUGUGGAGGCGGCUGAGGAGGUGAAAAAUAGAAAAAGAAGAUUUUCGACUUGAGGUGUCAAAAAAAAGGCAAAUUAGAUUGAACAAAAGUUCGUUGUGAAAAUAAAAAAUGAAGGAAUAUUUAAGACAAUUUCAGAAGUUUUCAAAAAAAAAUUCCCCAUUGAAAAAAACUGUUUAGGAGGUUAGGUGAUUGUACGAAUAGCUUAAUUUUCAAAUAAUCGAAUAAUUCGGUGAAAAUUCACUGAAAUUUGUAUCAUUUUUCUUAAUCUAGGCGUAAAAAUUAUGAUAAAAUAAUGUCAGAAGAAAGAAUCAUACCAUUGAAAUUAUAAAGUUAUGGCUGAUUCACGGCUGGCUUGAGUCAUCGAAAAAAGGGUCCUGACGCGGUAAUUAAACAGACAAUGCUUGUUUGGUGGAGAGUACAGACAGGCCACGCCUCUUCGCGAAACUUCUCAGGGAACUUCCAAAUUUCUGAAAAGUGUCGGAACCUUUUAGGCGCUGCCAUUUUUGAAUUUAGGCGCUGCCAAUUUGGAAUUAGGCGCUGCCAUUUUUGAAUUUAGGCGCUGCUAAUUUUGGAUUUAGGCGCUGCCAUUUUUGAGUUUGGGCGCUGCCAUUUUUGAAUUUAGGCGCUGCCAAUUUUGGAUUCCGGCGCUGACAUUUUUGAAUUUAGGCGCUGCCAUUUUUGAAUUUAGGCGCUGCCAUUUUUGAAUUUAGGCGCUGCCAAUUUUGGAUUCCGGCGCUGACAUUUUUGAAUUUAGGCGCUGCCAUUUUUGAGUUUGGGCGCUGCUAAUUUUGGAUUUAGGCGCUGCCAAUUUUGGAUUCCGGCGCUGACAUUUUUGAAUUUAGGCGCUGCCAUUUUUGAAUUUAGGCGCUGCUAAUUUUGGAUUUAGGCGCUGCCAAUUUUGGAUUUAGGCGCUGCCAUUUUUGAGUUUGGGCGCUGCCAUUUUGAAGAAGAAGCUCGAAUUAGGUUCUUGAACCAUGUUCGAUUCCAACCGGAUCAAUAUUGCCGUUCUCUAGAAAUUCAAAAAUUUCUUUGAGUUAGUUUCUCAAAAAUUUUUUUAAAAUUUUUCGAGUUGAAUGAUCUUCCUUGGAGAGAAAUUCUACUAUUCAACUAUUCUAUUAUUCGAUUAUUUUUGGAUUAAAAAGUUUUUCCAACUUUCUGUGAAUUCGAGCUGAUUUUUUGAAGAUGAUAUUUUAAUUUACUUCAAUGUAAUUUCAGCUCGGAUAUCCGGUACUUGUCAGAGCCGCCUAUGCCUUGGGAGGACUUGGAUCUGGAUUUGCCAAUAAUCGAUCAGAAUUGGAAGCGAUCGCCCAACAAGCUCUGGCUCAUUCGAAUCAAGUCCUCGUCGACAAGUCUUUGAAAGGGUGGAAAGAAGUAAAACUUGAAAAAAGACGCUUUAAAAUCAAAUUUUCAACUUCAAGGUUGAAUAUGAAGUUGUGCGAGACGCCUACGACAACUGUGUCACUGUUUGUAACAUGGAAAAUGUUGAUCCGCUGGGAAUUCAUACUGGUGAAUCGGUUGUGGUAAGAAUGGAAAAAAAAAAAGGAAAAAGGCUAAAAACUGGUGUUCAAGGUUGCUCCAUCGCAAACGCUGAGCGAUAAGGAGUACAACGCCUUGAGGACUUGUGCUAUCAAGGUUUGUUUGAUAAGGAAAAAGAGGAAAAUGUUGAACUGUUUUUGGAUAUUCUUUAAGGAAUAAGAGGGAGUUAUUUUGCAAGAAACAUGUGGAUUUAAAGGACAUGAAAAAGUGACAAAAGAAGUUUUGAGGCUAAAAAAUGAGGGAAGUUAAAUGAUUUUCGAAAAAUUAUAGUAAAAAUAGUCCACUUGGGAAGGUUUCUUUGCUACCAGGUUUUUUUUAAGAACCUUUUUUUUCUUGUUAAAACCUACAUUUAUCAAGAGAAAUGAAUAUUGGACUAGAGAGUGUGGUAAAAGCGGAGAGUUUCAGACAGAAAAAGAAAGUUGAAUCUUUUUUUUCUGGAUUACUUCAAAAAAAUGCUCCCUUUCAUUCAUUUGGUCUGUUUUUUGCGACUUGAAAAGGCGGAGCUUCUCUGCCACCCUCUCUAGUUUACGUGCUAUUUUCUUGACCUCACCGGCAAGGGAACAGAGAACGCAGACACGCGAAAACUUUCAACUCUCCAUGAUUUUCCAGGUGAUCCGACACCUGGGAAUCAUCGGCGAGUGCAAUAUUCAAUACGCCUUGGAUCCUCAUUCGCUCACGGUUCUUUCAAUGAUUUUCCAUUGAUUAAUUCGAUUUUUCCAGUACUUUAUUAUUGAAGUCAAUGCAAGGCUGUCAAGAUCCUCGGCACUUGCCUCAAAAGCCACCGGCUAUCCGUUGGCUUACGCCGCCGCCAAGUUGGCUCUGGGCCAAAAGUUGCCCGUCAUAAGGAAUAGUGUCACAGGUAAAGAGGAAAAAUCUAGAAAAAAAGAUACUUUUUUAAGUUUCAAAUAUAAUCGAUCAAAAAUCGUUAGAAAAGGUCGUCAAUCGGUGAAUUUUCGGAGCAAAAGGGUCUCGAAAUCGAUUUUGUUGUUAUUUUGAAUGUUUCCCUAGCCUAAUUUUCCAUGGUCGCAUUUGGAAUGGCUCAAAGCAUAGCUGAUCAAAUUUUAAAACGCGCCUGACCUUGCGUCCAAGCUGCUAAAAUGUAUUAUAAACCGCAUGAGCCAUUCUAAAUGCGGCCUUGAUUUUUUUAGACUGGUGGAAAAGGUGUAACCAUAGUGAAGAACUUGAAUUCGGAAAACGGGAUAAUCUGAAGUAGCCGAGGGAAUUUUGGAAACGUGCCAGACUUGAAACGACUUGCGCAAAAGCUGUUAAAGUUCAAGUCGAAAAUAGACCGCUUGAGCCAUUCCCAAUGCGACCUUGAUUGUUUUUUUCUUCGAAGCAAAUUUCUAUAGAGAAGAACUUUCAUGCGGAAAAACGGUAAAAUUUGAAGUUUUAGGGGGAGAAUCGUGAAAUUAGAAAAGUCAUUUUCAUGGACCUAUCUGAAGUAUUUUUUUAUUGUAUAUAUCUAACUUAAUUAUGAAUCUUUGAUUUCAAAUUUUCAUUUUUCAUUUUUUUCAUUUUCCUAGGAACCACCACCGCCUGCUUCGAGCCUUCCCUGGACUACUGUGUCGUGAAGAUUCCCAGAUGGGACUUGGGGAAGUUCGCCCGUGUCAGCACCCAAAUCGGCAGUUCGAUGAAGUCCGUCGGAGAGGUGAUGGGAAUCGGCAGAUGUUUCGAGGAAGCCCUCCAAAAGGCCCUCAGGAUGGUCAGCGACAACGCCGACGGAUUCUCGCCGUACACCUUCAAUCGACCUCCGACCAGCGAGGUGAUUACGAGAAUUUCACGUGGGGGUUAAGUUGAGUCAUCUUUAGAUGUCCUAAAUACUUUUUGUCGCACUGAAAGUUAGUUAAUUUUAACUCGCUCCUUCCAAGUGACCACUUAAGUAAAGCUAAAGCACUUGAGAGACUGCUCAAUCAGCCAGGCUUGUCCCAAAGACUGUCGGAAUGUUCUCCCUUUGCAGUUUAUCACCAAAAAGUUCUUAAGUGAUCACUUGAUGGUUCAAAGGCUUCCUCUUUCGGUUUGAAAUUCAAAAAGAAAUUCUCACAGAGCUGUUUUCUCUUUUUUCAAGUCAGUUGCUUAAUUCAGGGAGUUUAAAAAAGUCAGGUAAAAUGGUCGAUCCUUUGAAUAACGAAUAAAACGAAGUAACAUCAAAAGAAAGUUUCAAGCUUUAUGAGUUAAAGGACCUCGAAAAGCCGACCGACAAAAGGAUGUUCGCCUUGGCGCGCGGAAUGUACUACGGCGAUUUCGACGUCGAAGCGGUCCAUCAGUUGACGGCGAUCGAUCGCUGGUUCCUCUGGAGGAUGCACAAUAUUGUCGAUAUCUAUCAUCGGAUGGAGAAAGAAACGGUUCUUGAGAAAUGAAAAAAGAAUAAAAAAGGAUUUCAAGUUGCGAACCUUGUCGCGGGAACUGUUGCUGGAGGCCAAGCAAGCUGGAUUUUCGGACCGACAGAUUGCCAAGAAAAUCGGGAGGUAUGUUGAAAAGGAAUUGUGAUAGAAGUAGAUUGGAAUCGAAAAAAAAAGAGUUUAAAAAAAUCGGGUUUGAGGAGAUUUUUCAGUAGAUACGUUCUCGGAAAAACGGAAAAUUUCUCGUUUAUCUGGAAUUUUCAAGAUAAUUCCUUUCUAAAAACUUGUUCCAGAAGCUCUAGAGAAGUUCAAAAGUUCUGAACCAGUCUGUUUUCAUAUUAUAUGCAUCAAUUUUUAGUUUUUCAUUGAAAUUUCCGGUUUUUUUUUAAUUUGAGAAAAUUUGAUCGUAUAGGGAUAGGUAGAAACUCACAAGAUUCUCAUCACCGGAAAAAAUUAGUUUUAUAUGCUUUGAAAUAUUUUACGCUGCGUAAACGUCCCUUAUUACUUGGGACUCAGUAACGGAAAAACCGGACAUUUCUGAGCAUUUCUAGGGAUCACUUAAGGGUCCUGAAGCUACUAACAUUAAAGGGGUCACUACAGGGUGGCCAAUAAAUAUUGAAACCGUUUUUUGUUUGAUCGCUGCUUUUUGCACAAAUGACUGGCCUCGGAUUUUUUUUGUUUAUUUCGUUCAUUCAUGCUCACUUAUCAUGUGUGUGAAGUUACAGCUCAUACUUUUCAGUAUUCAGGUAA